CGACCUCAAAGCGCUUCUUUUUCCAAGAUGGCGUCGAUGAAGGAUAGCGACACUGGCCUGUGGCUUCAUAAUAAAUUAGGCUCAACAGACGAACUUUGGGCACCUUCUAGCAUUGCUUCUCUCCUAACCGUUUCAGUUAUCGACAACAUAAGGCUGUGUUUUUCCAGUUUGUCGCCUCCGGUGAAGCUGAAACUCCUGCUUGGUAUGCUGCAUCUUCCCAGGAGGACAGUUGAUGAGAUGAAAGAAGCCCUCUCGGAGAUCAUCCAGCUAGCCACGGUGGAUUCAGAGCCCUGGGUGUUGAUGGUGGCUGAUAUUCUCAAGUCAUUCCCAGAGACGGGCUCUCUCAAUCUGGACCUGGAAGAGCAGAACCCCAACGUACAGGACAUCUUGGGGGAGCUUCGCGAGAAAGUUGGCGAGUGUGAAGCGUCGGCCAUGCUGCCCCUGGAGUGCCAGUACCUGAACAAGAGUGCGCUGACCACCCUGGUGGGACCCCUCACGCCGCCAGUCAAACACUUCCAGCUCAAACGAAAGCCCAAGAGCGCCACCCUCAGGGCCGAGCUGCUACAGAAAUCCACAGAGACUGCACAGCAGCUGAAGAAGACAGCCGGAGUGCCCUUCCACGCCAAAGGCAGAGGGCUGGUCAAGAAGAUCGACACCACAACUCCUCUCAAGGGGAUACCCAAGGCUCCGUUCCGCAACCCCACCACCCCCAGUAUGUUCAGCCCGCCCAGCAACCGGACCCCCAUCGCCCCGCCCCGCACGCCGCUGCGCAAGGAGAGAGGAGUCAAGUUGCUGGACAUCUCAGAGCUGGACAUGGUGGGUGCCGGCAGGGAGGCCAAGAGGAGAAGGAAGACACUGGAAUUGGAGGCGGGCGAGAAGGCGGCCAAGGAAGACGCGGUGGUGGAGAACGCCACCCCAGACUACGCAGCUGGUCUGGUCUCCGCCCAGAAACUGGGGGCGCUGAACAGCGAGAGCGCCCUCCCCUCCACCAGCUACCUGCCAGCCACUCCCAGCAUGGUGCCUUCCUCCUCCUACAUUCCCAGCUCAGAGGCACAGCCAGCCAAUGCCGGUGGUUCAGGCCGCGACACCUUGCAGACGUCGCGGCAACCGGGGGAGGAGCCGGGCACCCCGGGCGGUGUGGGCGGGGCCAGCCUGCCGGGCCAGUACAAGCAGCGCACGGCCAUGUACAACGCCGCCACCACGGCCGCCGCCACGGCCACGCCCAGCCCCGCCACGCCCGCCUCCCCCAGCACGCCCGCCGCCGCCACGCCCGCCAGCAACGGCCCCCCCGCCGCCGCCACGCCCGCCGCCGCCGCGGGUAACGGCCAGCCGGAGGCCCCGAGCCAGCCGCCCAGCACGCCGCUACAGACCCCCACGCCCGCGCCCACGCCGGCCCCGCCCCCGCCCAAGAAGAACCUCUCGCUCACGAGAGACCAGAUGUACGCCGCCCAGGAGAUGUUCAAGACGGCCAACAAGGUCACCCGGCCAGAGAAGGCUCUGAUCCUGGGCUUCAUGGCCGGCUCCAGAGAGAACCCGUGCCCGGAGCAGGGCGACAUCAUCCAGAUCAAGCUGAGCGAGCACACAGAGGUGCUGCCCAAGGCGGACGGGACGGGCAGCACCACCAUGUUGGUGGACACCGUCUUCGAAAUGAACUAUUCCACCGGCCAGUGGACGCGCCUCAAGAAGUACAAGCCCAUCGCCACCACCUCCUGAGGCCCGGCCCGGCCGCCCAGAGGACCUUCUCACACACACACACACACACACACACACACACACACACGCAUCCAAACACACAUACACACGCGUGGCUGUAUAAAUACACAAACUGUACAGGAGACGCAGCGUGGUGACAUGCCUACACUUUUCUUUGGGCCAAAAUCCAAGCUCCCGGAAGUCCCUGCAGAGCCAAAGACGCAGACGACGGAGGAAUCCCCUCUGUUUGUUGUUCUUCUGUUUGUGGGGGGGUUUAUGUUUUGAUUUCUUUCUCUCCCCCCGUCCCGUCCCCCGUCCCUGUUUUUAUUGUUGGGUUUUUAUGUUUAAAGUCUCUGAAGAUUCCUGAAUGUUCUCAUGGGAGAGAAUGAAUGCAGGGGGUGGGUUGGGUGGUGGGGCGAGAGACGGAGAGUGUAUUUGGAGGGUCAUUUGUGGGUCGGGGGUGAGUUAAAGGUGAGUUCUCCUCUAAAGGAAGUUACUCUUUAAUAUCUGCUUGUGUCCCUUCCCCAUAACUGUAUGACACGAGCUGCAGUUUCUGUAUCAACCGGAGACCUUCGUUCUCUUCCUGUUCACACAAACGACGAAUCAGAUGAAUGAAAUAUAUAUACAAAGAUGGCCGAAGCAAGCGUUGACAGCCCCAGAAGAGACUGAUGCCGUGGAGAUCCGUUUGGGAACUUUCUCAAAGUCCUUUGGGUUUCAUCCUAUUUUUUCAAAGAAAGGAUGGAAAUAAAACAAAACCGACUCCAGGGGGCGCUGUUCUACGUCUUUAUUUGAGGGUAAUGUUGGUUAUGUUUCACUCUGACAAUUGCCGAUAGCCACCUUACCUUGUGUUUUUGUAGGGUUCGGUGGGGGGUUUAUACCAACAUGGUGGCAGAUUUAGGGGGGAGGGGGAUGUAGAUUUAAUGCAUUGUAAUUAUAUCUGUGUUAAUCCUGCAGAGGCUUUAACUGGUUCCCGUUCGCCCAAGUUAAAAAUGUUUUAUUUUUAGCCAGUUCAGAUGACCCAUAUUUAAGUGCCGAUACACAAGAUAAUUGAAUGUGGAAAAUGUAAAAAAAAAACUAAUGUCAACUUUUAACGUUAACUUAGGAACUUUAUUGAAGUUCAUUUACUUAACAAAACAAUAAAAAGUGAAAGUUAUCAAACAUGCAAAAAUGUCCACACAAAUGAUGUGUGUUCUGGAUGUGUGUGACAUCCACCUCACCCACAGCUGUCGUCAUGGGUAACCAGGAUCAACAAAAAGCGGUCAGCUCUGCUGGCUCAGGUCGCUUUCGCCCGGCCAAAAGUUAUUUCAAAGGUUAAGUUGCACCAGGGUAUAACACCAGCGACAUCCGAAGGGGUACCUUGAUUGUUGAUUGAUCAUGGUCACGGUCACGGUCUCAGCGGUGCAGUGGAGUGCGCUCUGCAUAACCCACUGGAGACAAGGGUUCAAUUCCUGCUGAUAAUAACCAUGGUAGUUUUAAAAGUAAUGCUAUCAUGUCUAUUGUCCUGUCAUAUAUAACCUGACACUAAUAAUUUAGCAAUCUCGAUGGGGAGGUGGAGACAGCUGUGAGCUAAACCCCUGGAGACCAAGGUUCAAGUCCUGUUGAUGUAGCCUACUCUGAUGGAAGACUUAGUUCUACAUCAUGUGAAUUAUAAAGUCAAAUAUAACCUUUGAGAUGAUUUUAAACAGUGACUUGAUGGUCCAGUGGUAAAGGCUGGUGAUUAACACUCUAAAGAGCUAUUAUUUGAGUGUAAUUUCUUACAAAGGCUGUUGGACCCGUCAGCUAUUGGUGAGAUAAAUGAGUGGUGUAAUAUCUGAUCUAGUUUAAUUACAAUGGAUGACGGAGGAGAAGGACUGGAUAUGGCGGCCGACUUGUUGAAAAAGUCUUUUUCCGAGAAGGAUUGUCUCAGAAAAACUAGAAAUUGUGCAACAGUGACCACCAACACCGCAGCUAGCUGCUCUGUCCCAGCCGGGCAAAGGGUUUGUGCGGCACUUUCAAUCCAGCAACUACGAGAGGUAUAGUUGGCUGACAGCGUCAAGUGGUCAUUGUAAUCUGUAUUGCUGGGAAUGCUUGCUAUUUGCAACGGAUCGAUGUGGUGUUUAAGAUAAGAUAAGAUACAACUUUAUUAAUCCCCCGUAGGAGAAAUUUGUUUGUUGCAAAAACAGCCAUUUUUGGAGCCACUUGGUUUUUCUAACCUGAGUUGUCUAAUUACAAAGUCGGCAUUGAGACACCAAAGUACGGCGGGCCACUUGCAUGCAACAGUCUUGUCGAAGACGUUCGGAGACACCCGAGUGGAUUUCAACUCAAUGAGCAAGUAAGAAGGGAAACAGAGCUCCACAACGAAAUCGCACU